AAAGUCUAAGACCAACAUAUCCUUCUGCAAAAGCCAAAGAAAAAAAGAGAGGAAAGGAGGAAAAAAAAAAGUGUCCCAGAAACACACAGAGCUCCCUCUAUAUAUUAUUCACUCUGUUUCAUCUUCUUUGCCAGUCGUUUUUGUUUUUUUUUUUUUCCUCUUCUUGUUCCCAUGCUUAUCAUCAAAUUCUGCACCAACUCUACUAUUUUGACAGUAGUUUCUCUCUUCUCUUUAUUGGGAGAUAUGGUAUCGUCUCAAACUUUAUCCCAAAUCCAAAACACUUUCGAGUAAGAGAACCAGAAAACAAAAAACAAAAAACAAAAACAAAACAGAAACUCUGUUUUUCUCUGUUUUUUUUUCUUUUUUUUCUUUUUUUUUUCGAACCCAAAUAUACAAAAAUGGAUUCCUUCAACUUCUACAACAUCAAAGCUGAGAAGGCAAAUGCGAUCCAGAGGUACCAACAGCGUAGGAAGAUCGCAAACAUGUUUCGUUUCGUCGAGGUUUUUGUUGUUCUGGUUUUGAUCUCCAGGUUUUCUCUGCAACUCCCACAUGCUGUAAAGAAUUCCGGUGGGUAUUUCCGAGAUUUAUCGGUUGUCCUGGUUAGUCCCCGCUUUGUUUUUGUAGUCGGGAACGUCAUAGUCAUCAUCCUUUUCGCAAAGUCCGGGCAGUUUUCGGGCAGAGAUUCCGGUAAAGGUAAUUUUUCUGGAGAUGAUCUUUACGAUGAAUUCGUCAAAAACAGCGAAAAGAACCACAAAGCUUUCCGAGAGGAAGCUCACUGGUAUAACGGAAAACAGAGCAUCGAUGAGAAAAACAUCGUUGUUGCUGAUGAAGCAGUGAAUCGGAAAGCUUUUCAUGAAAGAGCUGAUCAAUACAGGGGAAAACAGAGCACCAUUGAUAAAAACAUAAUUGUUGCUGAAGGAGCAGUGAAUGGUAGUACUUCAUGGGAAAUCAAGAAAUAUGUGAGGAGCAACUCUGAGAACUUGGAAAAGCAGAAGAAAUCUCACCGACAAGUGCUGCGACGAUCGGAGACCGAGAAGAUUGUUGGUGAAAAUAUUGAUCAGAAUCUGCGCAAAGAGGAUUAUAUGAGUAACGAUGAGUUCCGGCUAAAAGUCGAGGCUUUCAUCGCCCGGCAACAGAGUGAUUGGAAGAAUAAUACUGUGAUCUAAGACUAUAGGUGAUGGAUAAGAGAAUCUAAAAUCUAUGUGCCUUUUUGUUGUUUGAAAGUGACUAAAAUAUAAUAUAUUAUAUAUAUAUAUAUAUAUAUUUGUACAUUGCCAUAUCAAAAAUCAUAUAUAUAAAUUUUCCUUCUUUUUCUACUGUAA